AUUUUUAUUUUCAUUCACCCAAACCUGCCGCAGGAUUCCACGAGCUCUUCCAAGUUUUAGGUGGUCACAGCUUAAAUAUUUGGUGGAGCCAUAGACACCAUCUCGUGCGAUAGCCAAACAGUGCCAUCACCAUGUGGUAUACUACGGUUAGGAACCCAAGUAUUGCCCUCAUCAAACAGGGCUACCAUAUCCUCGCCGAGUACAAUCUGGUGAAGGAGGAGCUAAAGAACAUCUAUGCCAUUCCCACUUACGCAUGUGGAUUGCACUGGUUUGGCGUGAUCUUUGUGCACAGUGGAAUCUAUGCGGGCAGCGUGUUUCGCUUCUCCAUUCUGCUGCCGGAUAAUUUUCCGGUGGACAUCAGCCUGCCCACGGUGGUCUUCUCCACGGCAGUCCUACAUCCGCACAUCUGUCCGCAGAACAAGACCCUUGAUCUGGCGCAUUUCCUGAACGAGUGGCGCAAGGAAGAACACCACAUCUGGCACGUGCUUCGCUAUAUCCAGGCCAUUUUCGCGGAUCCAGAGGGCAGUAUUUGCACCGGACAAUCCUCGUCGGGGGAUCUCGUGGUCAUGGAUGAGGUUAGAAACAUGGAUGCCUUGAAUAUGUUGGCCAAAAGCCGGCCUGAAUACAUCAAACGAGUCCAGGAGCAAGCAAUCUUGUCGAGAAAUCUUAUUUACGACCGACCACCAACGGAAGAUCCUCACUAUAUCAUCGUGGAGCCCUAUUGUGCGGAACGGCAUCUGAAGUUCAUGGACCAACUCAAGAGUCCCUGUUGGAAGGAGGCCACUUCCAUGGACUGCACCCAGCCGUCGCAGUACCUGGGACACAUCGAUUCCUCGAGACAGCUGGACGAGGAAGAGGUGGAGAAGCUACAUCGCAGGCUGAUUCCGGAACCCCAGCGUGAAGAGGCAGAAGUUUCCAUGUAGCUAAAUGGAGAGGCUUACAUACACGAACCAUAACACAUUUGUUUACCCUGUAUAUAUAAAAUAAAAAUAUUUAAUUUUGUAUUGUAA